UCUUUCUACCGCUGAUCACAAAGAGAUGGUGCAAGUUACAUGCAGCCAGUGGACUGUAGCAGCUCUGUUGUUAGUCACCGGCAUUUUUAUACCUGGCAAAGCGCAAGAGAAUCCGUGUGGUCAAUAUGGACGUUGUUUGCCACCAUUAACCUUCCAGCUACCGAACUUAUUUGGAUGCUAUUUUUAUAACCUGUUCGUUUUUGGAGGAUCCUGCAACACCCCACCUACUACCACUUGUCAGUGCGUUUGCCUGCCUGGUUUUAAGAAGGACGCAGGUGGCAUUUGUGUAGACAUCAACGAAUGUGCAAUAGAAUUUCCAUUCGGACUACGAGUUUGCAUAGGGAGAAAUUGUGUGAACACUAUAGGGAGCUUCUUAUGUACCAAUGACCAAGACGAGUGUUCCUUGGGUACUGACAACUGUGCAGAAAAUGCCACAUGCACAAACACUGUUGGCAGUUUCACUUGUUCUUGUUUGCCUGGUUUCACUGGUGAUGGCACAACAUGUGUUAAUUCUGACGAGUGUUCCUUGGGUACAGACAACUGUGCAGAAAAUGCAACAUGUACAGACACUGUUGGCAGUUUCAGUUGUUCUUGUUUAGCUGGCUUCACUGGUGAUGGCACAACAUGUAAUAAUUUGGACGAGUGUUCCUUGGGUACAGACAACUGUGCAGAAAAUGCCACAUGUACAGACACUGUUGGCAGUUUUAGUUGUUCUUGUUUGGCUGGUUUUACUGGUGACGGCACAACAUGUAAUAAUUUGGACGAGUGUUCCUUGGGUACAGACAACUGUGCAGAAAAUGCCACAUGUACAGACACUGUUGGCAGUUUCAGUUGUUCUUGUUUGGCUGGUUUUACUGGUGACGGCACAACAUGUAAUAAUUUGGACGAGUGUUCCUUGGGUACAGACAACUGUGCAGAAAAUGCCACAUGUACAGACACUGUUGGCAGUUUCAGUUGUUCUUGUUUAGCUGGCUUCACUGGUGAUGGCACAACAUGUAAUAAUCUGGACGAGUGUUCCUUGGGUACAGACAACUGUGCAGAAAAUGCCACAUGUACAGACACUGUUGGCAGUUUCAGUUGUUCUUGUUUACCUGGCUUCACUGGUGAUGGCACAAAAUGUAAUGAUGUGGACGAGUGUACCUUGGGUACUGACAACUGUGCAGAAAAUGCCACAUGUACAGACACUGUUGGCAGUUUCAGUUGUUCUUGUUUACCUGGCUUCACUGGUGAUGGCACAAAAUGUAAUGAUGUGGACGAGUGUACCUUGGGUACUGACAACUGUGCAGAAAAUGCCACAUGUACAGACACUGUUGGCAGUUUCAGUUGUUCUUGUUUACCUGGCUUCACUGGUGAUGGCACAAAAUGUAAUGAUGUGGACGAGUGUACCUUGGGUACUGACAACUGUGCAGAAAAUGCCACAUGUACAGACACUGUUGGCAGUUUCAGUUGUUCUUGUUUAGCCGGCUUCACUGGUGAUGGCACAACAUGUAAUAAUUUGGACGAGUGUUUCUUGGGUACAGAUAACUGUGCAGAAAAUGCCACAUGUACAGACACUGUUGGCAGUUUUAGUUGUUCUUGUUUACCUGGCUUCUCAGGUGAUGGCAUCAUAUGUGUUGAUACUAGAACUUGCCCAGGGGGUCCACCUGGAAGCGAAUUCUGGAUAAAAUCAAGCGAUGGUACCAAAUGUUUCCAGUUCUUUAGUGACCAAUUAGAUUAUGCCGGUGCCAAGGCACAAUGUGUUACAAAUGUUACAGGAAGCACACUGGCUAUCAUAUUGAGCGAAUCUCAAAAUUCUGACGUAGAGGCCCUCAUUCCAGCUGUAACAACUUCUGUCAAAAAUUGGAUUGGAUUGGAACAGUCAACCCCUGGUACUUGGGCGUGGAUGGACGGCUCCUCAACUGCAGGGUACAUUAAUUGGAAUGGGAACAACGGCGGGACGGCGCCCUCGAAUGCUGCUAAAGCUUGCGGUGCUAUAAACAACAAACAAGGUAAUAAGAAGUGGAAGGAGCAAACAUGUAGCGAACCAGGGCAGUAUAUUUGUGAAGUGACUCUUAAUUAAAAUGUAAUGGUAUCGUUAAGUUGCGUUGAAAGUGGAAGCAUUUGAGUUGUUGUUCCUGUCGACUUCUUUGCUGGCCUGAUGAGAGAUAUACACAUAUAGCUGUUUAUUGGUGUAAAAAGUACAUGAAUUGACGUAUCAACUUUAUGAGCUCAAGAUUCUAAAGGUGGUUCAUUGAUUUUUAUGACCUACCCCUGUAUUUAUACAUUUCUAUCCAAGUGGUUUAUGUACACUUUUACCCCAGAAAAUUGGUCCAUAUAUUUAGACUUAGCGAAAACCCUUAGGGCUUCGUAUACCAUAUUGCAUGAUUGAUUCAAAAUUAUUUACAUGUUGGUAGAUACUGCAAUAACAAUGUUUAAACACAUUCAGUAUUGUCCUGAUCAAUGUAGUGCUCAAAUUUGUGUAGUAGAGAAUCAGUGAAUUUGGAACAAUGAACAAAACUAUCAAUAUUUAAGUGAUUUGCCCCCCCAAAAAGAUUUACAUUUAAAAAAGUGGAAUGAUCUUUUGAUAUUGCUCAUUUUGUGACACGAUAAUAGCUCACUAUAUAUUUUGCCAUAAUUCCCAUCACUUCCCUUGCUUUGUAUGUAACAGUAAAUCAUAAAUGGACGAGACGUGCGCCAAAGCUGCUCGAGAUUCUAAAUUGUAAAAUUGCAGAAUUUGCGCUAAGAUAUUGGAGUGUGCAUUGUAUGAUGAAAACGAAGCUAUAUAUAUUUUUUACAAAUCUACCUGAAACCAAUGCAACUCCAAAUUCCGCAGUUAGCUACUGUGGAGACACAAUCGAUGAAUCCACUUCUCUAGGUUAUGGAACACUAGUCAUUUCUAGUUUAAAGAUGCAUAUGAAGUCAAUUUUUGGCCACGAAGGCCAGACAAAUGUGAGCAUAUAGUUUCACGUAGUAUAAUUAAGAGAUUUACGAAAAUUAAACAAGGCAUUGUUUAAAUUUAGCGGAAAAAUGAUAUUUGAACGGAUUUAUCUGGUAGCAUUCUAUGCUGUAUAUCAAUGGGGCA